CCGGACAGCUGGGGGAUUUCCUGGGCGGAAGCUGCGGAGGGGGUUUCCAGUGUGAUCACCAGUCCUCCUCCGCUGGAUCUCCGAACUGGAUCCCUGUGACUUCUGUUCGAAUCACACACUGAAGCAGAACCAGAACCUCAUCCCGGACCAUGGCGAGUUCACACGAGGCCCAGUGGCUCAGAGGCAGCGGCGGGUUGACGGUUUGAAUCCGGAGAGAGUCCGAGGAGCCGAGGAGCCGCUGAGCUGCGACCCGAAGAGGAGAUUCAUGUCAUGUCAGCGGGGAGGAGUGCUGACGGGAGGGAGGUGCAGAUUCCCCUCCAGCAGGUGGCAUCCUCCCUGGCUGCUCCCCUCUCUGUGGCCCCUCCCAUCAUCCCACCCUCUCACCGCCCAGCCAAUCCCUGGCCCCCCAGCGACCCUGCUGCUUCACAAGGUGUCCCUGCAGGUUUCCUGCCUCUUCAUGGAGGAUUCAGGGAUCACUUUGUAGAAACUCCAGAAGCCAAAUACUGCUGCGAAGUCUGUCGGCUGGUCCUAUGUCAGCCCCGCCAGACCGAGUGUGGACACCGCUUCUGUCAGAGCUGCAUCCACAACAUCCUCAGUCAGCCGAACCCAGUGUGUCCAGCUGACAUGGAGCCACUGUUUAAAGACAAGAUCUUCAGAGAUGUUUGCUGCCAUCGAGAGAUCAUGGCUCUGAAGGUUUACUGUCGCAGUGAAGCCAACGGCUGUCAGGAACAGAUGAGUCUGCACCAGAUACCUGACCACCUGAAUGUGUGUCCUUUCUUUGAGGUUCCCUGUCCAUUGGGUAAAUGUAAAGAGCGGAUGAUGAGGAAAGAGAUUCCUGACCACCUGAGCUGGAAAUGUAAACACAGAGAGACCACCUGCGAGUUCUGCAUUACCAAGAUGCCUCUGACUGACCUGCAGAAACACAAAGAGACGGUGUGUCCAGCGUUCCCGGUGUCCUGUCCAAACCACUGCUCCUUCUCCUCGCUGCCCCGGAGUGAGCUGUCCAGUCACCAACAUGACUGUCCCAAAGCUCAGGUGAGCUGUCUGUUCCACCGCUACGGCUGCAGCUUCAAGGGGUUGAACCAGGAAAUGAGGCAACAUGAGUCAACCUUUGCAGCUGAGCACCUGAGGAUGAUGGCCAACAGGAACUCGUUGCUAGAGAACAAGGUGGAGGAUGUUAAAGGUGAGCUGUUGGAGCGAUACAAGGUGCUUCCUGCUCUGAGCAGUCGUCUGUCAGAGCUGGAGAACCAGAACGACGAGCUGAGAGACAAGAACCGACAAAUAGAGCAGAAACUCGCCACCAUGCAGAAGCUCAUGAGCUCUCACUCAGAGAAGCUGCUGGAGGUGGAGCUGGAGCUUCGUUCUCUCCGUCUGCUCAGAGACGAGGUGGAGAACCUGAGAGGAACGCUGGAGGGCGUACGGAACCGACUGACUACUCUGGAACAAGGGGGACGCAGUGGAACAGGAUCCACAACACACACUCUGGCGCCCCUGGAAACUCAGCUGAAUCGCCACGACGACAUGCUGAGUGUCCACGAGAUCCGACUGGCCGACAUGGACCUGCGUUUCCAGGUGCUGGAGACAGCGAGCUACAACGGGACUUUGAUCUGGAAGAUCCGCGAUUACAAGAGGCGGAAACAGGAAGCUGUGGCGGCAAAGACGUUGUCGCUGUAUUCGCAACCAUUUUACACAGGAUACUUUGGAUAUAAGAUGUGUGCCAGAGUUUACCUGAACGGAGACGGAAUGGGCAAAGGGACUCACCUGUCGCUGUUCUUUGUGGUGAUGAGGGGCGAGUAUGACGCCCUGCUGCCCUGGCCCUUCAAACAGAAGGUGACUCUGAUGCUGAUGGACCAGGGUCCGUCCAGGAAACACCUGGGCGACGCCUUCAAACCGGAUCCGAACAGCAGCAGCUUCAGACGUCCGGCGGCCGAGAUGAACAUCGCGUCCGGUUGUCCGCUGUUCGUGUCUCAGAGUGUCCUGGAGACCGGCAGCUACAUCAAGGACGACACCAUCUUCAUCAAGGUUACCGUGGAUACCUCUGACCUCCCUGACCCUUGAUAUUGUGACCUCUGAACCCGCUGGUCUGAGAUCAGCUCACCUGUUUGUGCCCAGCAGAGCAAUGGAUGAUGGGAAGGAUCAGUGAUGGUCCAACUGAGAGUGACACCAAUUCAGACAGGAUGCAGCCAAUUAGAGAGAACUAUACCCUGACUCGAAGGUGGGGCCUCUUCUGAUAGGCCGACGGACCACCGAACUGCUUGUGUGUUUGAAUGGAUCAGCGUUGCCAUGACGUCACAGUGGUGACAUCACUCAGAGCCAACAUGGCUCCUGCAGCCAGGACAUUGUCGCUGCUCAUUAUUGAUGCUGUGCAUCAAGCUUUACUUCCUGUUUAGUACCUGUUUACCAAGGCAUGCUGGGAAAUCCACCACAGCCACAUAGGAGCACUGAAACCAGAACUGACCAGUAGAGACCAGAACCGGCCCAAAGACAGGAGCAGGACCCAGAACAAACUCUUACACACUGAGCCAGACUAGUUAAGACCGGUUGGAUCGACGGUUAUUGAUAUGGAUUUUUGAUUAUUGGGUGUUGUCAGUCUGGUCUGAAAGUGUUGAACAACAACUGUAAAUAAAGAUGAUCGAUGAACGCCCGAACUAUCAGAUUCAGGAGCCGCCAUCAUGUGCUGGUGACGUAAUGAGGAUUUAGAGUCUGUGACGCGGUGAUUGUGGAGUGGAGCCGUGGUAUCGUUGCCUUGCUCACACACGCUCUGGACCAAUCCUGAGUCAGUGUCAGCCAUCAAUCAUGACGUCUCAGCCCGUUUAUAUAUCAUCAAAUAACUAAUGAGAAGCAAAGUGAUUAGAAACAUGAACAGACAUCAGUGUGAUAAGAACAUGGAGGGGGCUAACCCUAACCCAGGGGGCGAUAUGUCAUGUCAUCCAUAUUUAUCUACAGUCUGUGGUUUGAACAUUUACUCACUGACACGUCUAUGAAAGUGUAAACACCAGAGUUUAGCUGAAGUUUACAGUUUUUCUGAGCUGAAGAGAAACAGAAAGAAAAGAGAGUCGAUACCAGUAGAGUCGAUGGUUCAGAGUCGAAACCAGUAGAGUCGAUGGUUCAGAGAUUAGAAACCAGUAGUCGAUGGUUCAGAGUCAAAACCAGUAGAGUCGAUGGUUCAGAGAUUAGAAACCAGUAGAGUCGAUGGUUCAGAGUCAAAACCAGUAGAGUCGAUGGUUCAGAGUCGAAAGCAAUGGAGUCGAUGGUUCAGAGAUAAGAAACCAGUAGAGUCGAUGGUUCAGAGAUUAGAAACCAGCGGAGUCGAUGGUUCAGAGAUUAGAAACCAGUAGAGUCGAUGGUUCAGAGAUUAGAAACCAGCGGAGUCGAUGGUUCAGAGAUUAGAAACCAGUAGACUCGAUGGUUCAGAGAUUAGAAACCAGCGGAGUCGAUGGUUCAGAGAUUAGAAACCAGUAGACUCGAUGGUUCAGAGAUAAGAAACCAGUAGACUCGAUGGUUCAGAGAUUAGAAACCAGUAGACUCGAUGGUUCAGAGUUGAAACCAGUAGAGUCGACUCAUCUGUGGCCGUGGUGAGUUUCUUGGCAUCGACAGAAUUCUUCGAGUCAUUUGCACAGUUUGAAUGUUUGUUUAUUUGUGAUAAUAAAAACUCAAACCCUUUAA